AUGCACCCUACAAACCGUCUUCCUGAGUCUCUCUAUCCAACGCUCCUAAUGAUCGACAGAGAUCAAUGCCAAACACACACCCGAAGUCCCUGGGGUACAUCGGAACACCGCAUCAACCACAGGAUCCGAUAUGCCUUCAUGGGCGCCCUCUCCAUCGUCUUUAUCGUCGAGCACUCGUCUGAAAGCGCCCUACCGAACCUUGCGUCCUCGCACCAGCAGGUUUUGGUAGAGACGACCAACGACAAAGAAGAACUUUACCACCCGCCCUUUCAUGCUAAGAUUCAAGAUUGUCAAGCUUUUUGUCAGCCGAACGAUUGUCGUCGACCGCUAAAAGCCUGUAAGCAGAACCAGACGCGUUUCUCGUCGUCGGGCUGUGCUCAGAGUGACGAAUGCAUCGUCGUCGAGAAGCACCCCGCAACGGUGAACAACACGCAGUACGGUCACGACGUCGGUGGAGGAUGUUAUCCGGAUGGCACGAUUUGUGCGCGAGAAGACUGUCUCAGUAUGCAGACAUCAUUGCGCAAGCACUCUAUGCCAAGAGCGACGAUCGAUGGGUUGUUUCAUGGAGAUAAGCCCGAGGCGGCCCAAACAGGGAUCAAGUUUGGAGAAGUUGGGGUGGUCAAGUCAAGAAUUGACCUCAGCCUUGAAACUCUAUUGUCCAAGAAAGCCAAGAACUGA